CACGUUUUGCGUCUAACCUCACUCUAAUCAAUUGAAUGCAAAGCGCAUCUCUUCCAUUCUCUGCCUUUUCUAUGGUUGACGUCUGAAUUUUUGGAUAUCCGUUUCUUUCUCAUUCGGAAUAAAGUCGAAAUGACCUGCAAACGUCGUAAUGGUGGACGUGCUAAGCACGGUCGGGGACAUGUGAACCCUGUAAGAUGCACAAAUUGUGCUCGAUGUGUCCCUAAAGACAAGGCUAUCAAGAAGUUCGUCAUUAGGAACAUCGUCGAAGCAGCUGCUGUACGUGAUAUCACGGAGGCUUCUGUUUAUUCCGCUUACGUCUUACCUAAGUUGUACGCUAAGUUACACUACUGCGUUUCCUGCGCUAUUCACUCUAAGGUAGUUCGCAAUCGCUCUAAGGAAGAUCGUCGCAUUAGGACUCCACCAGUGAGAUCAUUCCCAAGAGAUAAUCAAAGGCAACAAAAUGCUCCAAGAAAGUAAAUGUUCAUAUUUUAAAUAAAAAAAACGACAACUUAA